AUGGCCUUUCCCCGUCAAAACGGGCAGGUAACCCCAGACGACGACCUAAGAAGUGGGUCACAUGCUUCGCACGACCAGUAUACAAUCGCCUGGAUCUGUGCGCUACCCAUAGAGAUGGCCGCAGCCCGCGCCAUGCUAGACGACGUCCACCAAGACCUGCCCAGGCAUACGAACGACACCAACACCUACACGCUCGGCAACAUUCAGCGCCACAAUGUCGUCGUUGCGUGUUUGCCGACGGCCCAGUACGGAACGAACAACGCGGCGAACUACGGAACGAACAACGCGGCGAACGUGCUGACCCACCUCAUACGAACCUUCCCAUCGAUCCGCCUUGGUUUGAUGGUGGGAAUCGGAGGUGGAGUGCCGACCAGGGUCGAUAUGCGUUUGGGCGACGUCGUUGUCGGGACGAAGGUGAUGCAGUACGAUCUAGGGAAGAUUAUCGGAGACGGACAGAUUCAGCGCACUGCGAUCCCGAAGAGCCCGCAUCACCUACUCGGCACGGCCGUGUCGUCCCUACAAGCAAGGCAUGAGCGCGACGGUAGCCGAAUCUCGUUCAUAUUAGAGGGAAAGUUCGACGGACACUCCAAGUACGGCCGCCCAAUCACGGCAGACCGCCUCUUUCUCUCGAUGUACGAUCAUACAUCUACAGCACCUAGCUGCGAUGAAUGCGACCAUUCGAAGCUGGUACCUCGAAGCAAGCGGAGCAUGGAUAACCCGAUAAUACAUUACGGCACGAUCGCCUCAGGCAACCAAGUCAUGGGGAACGGCACCCAGCGAGACAACAUGGCUCAGCAACUGGACGCCAUCUGUUUCGAGAUGGAGGCUGCCGGUCUUAUGGAUAUUCUCCCCUGCCUACCGAUCCGGGGGAUAUGCGACUACUCCGAUUCUCACAAGAACAAGGAAUGGCAGAGAUAUGCCGCAGCCACCGCGGCUGCGUAUGCGAGGGAGUUGCUAGGGGUGCUCCCCGUCGCUGAAGCGCAAAUGAAGGUUGCUCCGGCGCCGAAUUCUCGUAAGUCAAGUCCAGUGUUUCCGGACCAUGCUCUCGUCGUUACGGAUCACGCCUGGCGUGUGCAGACUUCCUUCCAAGUGGCCUUCAGCCUACAAGGCAUGCCCGUAUCAGACAAGUUUAUCGAUAGACCAACCGACAGGGCUGCGCUCGAGCAGUGUCUUUUACCGCAGCAACCCCCUACCGAACGACGGAAGGUGUGCGUUUUGCAUGGGCUCGGCGGCAUCGGCAAGACGCAGCUGGCUAUCGACUUCGCCCGUCGUCACAAGGCCGCCUUUAGUGCGAUCUUCUGGCUGGAUGGGCGGUCUGAGGAUCAAUUGAGGCAAAGCCUCGCCAGGUGCCUUGGCAGAAUUCCUGAACUUCGGACCGCUAGCCGCAACGACUUGAACCUUAACAGCAAGGAGGGUCUCGAUGUUGCGGUGAUGAAAGUGAUUGAGUGGCUCGCUAGACCGAGUAAUACUCAAUGGCUGCUGAUUUUUGACAAUGUCGAUCAAGAUCAGCAGCAAGGUGGUGCAACGGGGACAUAUGACAUCCGGCAAUAUUUCCCUGGGGAUCAGGGUUCAAUUCUGAUAACGACGCGAUUGUUACGCUUGCAACAGCUGGGUAGCUCAAAGCAUUUGACCAACGUCGACCCAGGCCAGAGCAGGGUCAUUCUACAGACGUGGUAUGGAAAAGAGCUGAAUUGGCGCCCAGAUUACGACACCCUUCUCGAGUUGUUACAAGGUCUACCACUGGCUUUGGCGCAAGCUGCGUCAUACUUGCGCGAGACAGGCAUAGAUGUUGCAACCUACAUCCGGAUUUACAACCAACAAUGGCGAAAGCUCAUGGGAUCUAAUAAUCCUUUGACGGACUAUGACCAAGGAAGUAUUGCCACUACAUGGGCAGUAUCUCUCGAUGCGAUCGAAGACAAGAGUACGGAUGCCAGGAAUGCAUUACGGCUGUGGGCGUGCCUCGACAACAAACAGUUCUGGCACGGCUUACUUGAAGUAGCUAAAUCUACAGACUCUGAAGAGCAGUGGCCACCUUGGCUGUUUCGUAUGGCAAAUGAUGUGACCUGUUUUGCAGACGCGAUGGGACUUCUGCUCCGUUAUUCGAUGAUCCAGGCCCAAGCAGAACCAAGCGGGAGUUACGCCAUGCACCCAGUAGUGCAUCAAUGGGUACUGCAUCUGGACAGCAACGAGAAGAAUAGGGAUUUUGCGCGCCUGGCACUUGUAUUGGUCGGCCGUUUAGUACCAGACCGAGAGACGAAAGAGUAUUGGAUUCUGCAGCAGAGGAUCCUUCCCCAUGCAGAGCAAUGUUCAAGGUGGAUACAAAAGGACUUCUUACGAUCGAAUGAAACAGCUACUAGUGAUAAGGCUAUGAUAGACUCGGUUCACCGCCUUGGGAUUCUCUACAGGGACCAAGGCAAGUUUAGCGAAGCUGAGGCGAUGUACAAUAAAGCACUGGAAGGCAAAGAGAAGGCACUUGGGCGUGACCAUACGUCGACCCUCAGUACCGUCAACAACCUAGGGCUCGUCUACAGGGACCAAGGCAAGCUCAGUGAGGCUGAGGCGAUGUACAAUCGAGCACUGGAAGGCAAAGAGAAGGCACUUGAGCGUGACCAUGCGUCGACUCUCAACACCGUCAACAACUUGGGGCUUCUCUACAAGAACCAAGGCAAGCUUGGAGAGGCAGAGACAAUGUUUGACCGAGCACUGGAAGGGUACGAGAAGGCACUUGGAUGUGACCAUGCGUCGACCCUCGAAACCGUCAACAAUCUAGGGCUCGUCUACUGGAACCAAGGCAAGCUCAGUGAGGCUGAGGCGAUGUACAAUCGAGCACUGGAAGGCAAAGAGAAGGCACUUGAGCGUGACCAUGCGUCGACUCUCGAAACCGUCAACAACCUGGGGAUCGUCUACUGGAACCAAGGCAAGUUCAGCGAGGCUGAAGCGAUGUACAAUCGAGCACUGGAAGGCAAAGAGAAGGCACUUGGGCGUAACCAUGCGUCAACUCUCGAAACCGUCAAUAAUCUAGGUGUUCUCUACAAGGACCAAGGCAAACUUAACGAGGCUGAGGCGAUGUACGAUCGAGCACUGGAAGGCUACGAGAAGGCACUUGGGCGUGACCAUACGUCGACCCUCGAUACCAUCAACAACCUAGGGAUCGUCUACUGGAACCAAGGCAAGCUUGGAGAGGCAGAGACAAUGUUUGACCGAGCACUGGAAGGGUACGAGAAGGCACUUGGACGUGAUCAUACAUCGACUCUCAACACCGUCAACAACUUGGGGCUUCUCUACAGGAACCAAGACAAGCUUGAAGAGGCAGAGGAGAUGUACGAUCGAGCACUGGAAGGCUACGAGAAGGCACUUGGACGUAGCCAUACGUUGACUCUUGAUACCAUCCACAACCUGGGGGUUCUUUACAAGGACCAGGGUAAGUUUGAAGAGGCUGAGACAAUGUUCAACCGAGCACUGGAUGGAUCCCAGUCCGCCCUUGGACAAAGCCACCAAAAGACGCAGACUGUUACGCAUGACUUGCAGCUUCUGCACUCCAGCCAAGGUGAGGGCCACCAAACUAUAAUUUUGUGUGCACGUCGCCUGAUCGAAACAGAUAUAUACCCGAGCAGACCUGUAAGGAUUGAAUCGGCAAGUGGGACGAUGUUUCUCAAAAAGCUUGCGGACAAAUUUCGCAAUAACGUCCAGUUUCGCAAACACCGGAAACGGUAA